AUGGAGUAUGAGGAGUUGGUGGCCAAGGCGGGUGGGGAUGCAACGCUCGUGCGCGCCGUGACCCUGGUCAGCGAGGAGCAAAAGGAGACCUUGGCGAGCUUGUUUCGUGGCUCCGGCCGGGUACAUGAGAAGGACAUGCAGGAGCAGUGUGCAGGGCUGCGGGCUGUGGCCCAGAAAGAAGAUCGAUCGCUCCUGUGUGAGCGACGUGAGACAGAGAAGUCUCUGGCGCAGAGGAGUGCUGUUUCCUACGAGGACGUCGAUGAGCCCGUUACUGCUGAAGCCCCGGCUGCCAGCUCGGAUGUUGUGGACCAGAGCAGGCUCCAGGUCGCGAUCUCGCGGGUCGCCAAAGACUCGGAGAGGCGGGCCUGGGCCCCAGAGGCAACAAACUCGCGGUCGGUGUUCAUCACCAACCUGCCAUUCAAGGCACAGGAGGAGGAGAUUCGGAGCUGGCUGGAAAAGGCCGGUGAGAUCAAGGGUCUCCGGCUCAACCGGGACAAGGUCACCACGAAAGCGCUGGGCUUUGGACACGUGCAGUUCGAGUCCUCACAAGUUGCAGACGCUGCUGUCGAACAGUGUGACAAAGUGGAGCUGCAUGGACGCGUGAUGCGAGUCGCGCCGGUGGAUCCCAACACAAAGUUUCAGUUUGAGCUCCCGGAGAACAUCAAGGAGGACCUUCUAGGCCUAAUGCGCGAGGCGUACGAAGGCAAGAACAUCAGCACCAUCAAGGAUGCCUGGCAAAAGCGACAUCCAGGACAGAAGCUGGACACCGCCAAGUGGGGUUUCAAGAACUUUUCGUCUUCCCUGAAGACCUUGGAAGGCGUCACGCUGGAGCACCACUUGGAAAAGACUCUGACGUACUUGGCUUUCUUCGACGGCUCUCCCGCGCACAAGGCCUACCUCGAGGAGAGAUCCAAGAGACAAGCAGAGGGCAAAGUGGCCGAAAAUCCUGGCGAGGCAAAGCGAGCAGCUGCCGAGGCUGACGUGCUAAAGCCCGACAAAAAGCUGAAGGUCGAGAAUGGCUCCAGCCACCUGAAGGGCUUCGAACCGACGGGCAACGACCAAGAAGUUCCGGAGCCCACCGGCUUUGGUUCACCGAGAGGCGAGGACGGGACGCGGGGCAGGGCAGAGCAGGGCGGCAGACGACCUUUGAAGGCGCUGGCCUGGCUUUGUGACCUCCUCCCGACCUACGGCCAUGUCCUCUCCAGAGUGCUGGACGAGGUCGACGGAGCUUUGCACAGGUUGGAGACAUGGCAGGGGGAGCUUCAGAAGAUGCAUGGCCUGAACCGCACGCUCCAAAGUCAGUUGCGAUCCCUUCGGGUCCUGCACAAGCUGCAGGUGGAGGAAGCCUGGUCUGUGACCAAGAAGAGCAGCGAAGCUGAGACCCAGCCCGUAGCUGUACCACUGGCUGACAGCCAGAAGCUGGACAAGGAUGCUCAAGCCGAAGUCACCAAGCGCAGACACGCGGAACGGAAAUCGCUCAAGCUCCAAUCCGAGCUUCAGAGCAUCAGGCACCAGCUGCAGGAGUUGGAAAUCAAAGAGGCUGACAAAGUUGCAGCCCAAGAUGAAAUGAACAGGCUUAUUGAGCAGAGGGAGCACAUCUCCCGCAAGAAUGAUGCGCGGGGCACCGAGACAACCAAUGCUGGGGUAACGCACGACUCCGCCCUGAAGCUUUCCGAGGCUGCAGAAAGAGCGCUCGCAGCUGCAUUCGGACCUGCGCAAGUACGAGCCCCAAAGCAACCUCUCCUUCAGGUCGAUGGAUUAGCAGUGCCUAAGCCUAGGUUCCAGCAAGAGAAUGAUCAGCUGAAACAGCAGCUGAACUCGUCGAGUGCUCGGUACAAGUACCGCGCGCCACUGGAGUGA